UGCAAAAUUUGAUUUUUUUUCUGACCGUGGUUUGAUUCUCUCCAUUCUACAAUCUCCAUUCUACAAUUCGGGCCUCAUCCCCCCACAACCAUCCUCUGAGAGUUCAAGUUCAACAAAGUAAUCAAUGUCAUCUCGGGCAGCUCAAGCCCAAGCACUUGCGGGAUCGAACUCCAAGCGAAAACAACCGGGCGAACAUGAGACGUCGAAUGCCACAAUGAAGAAGCCUUACAAGUCGAAAGUUUUAAUUCUUUGCUCCAGAGGUAUCACUUAUCGUAUGCGACAUCUCAUGAAUGAUAUCUCUGACCUGGUCACUCAUGGGAAAAAAGAUGCCAAGCUUGAUUCCAAGCACGCCCUUCCGUUGAUAAAUGAAUUGGCAGACUUAUCUUCUUGCAACUAUGCACUCUACUUUGAGUCAAGACGGCGUGCAGAUCUCUAUCUGUGGGCGUCAGGUUGUCCCAAUGGACCUUCUAUCCGUUUUCACGUUGUCAAUUCGCAUACCAUAGAUGAGAUGAAAAUGACUGGAAACUGUCUUAAAGGAUCUAGGCCAAUUCUGCAAUUCGGACAGGAAUUUGAUUCCGAACCAAGCUGGAGAGUUUGUAAAGAAGUUCUUACAAACAUAUUUGCUGUCCCCAAGACUGCCAAGCGGGCAAAGCCGUUCGUAGACCAUGUCAUUACUUUUUCAGUGAUAGAUGGCAAGAUAUGGUUCCGUAAUUAUCAGAUACUGGAGAAACCCAAGGGUGAGCAAGCCGCGACUACCUCCAAGAAAAUCGCGGAAACUGGUAUGGAUGCUCUUUCGUUAUCCGAGAUUGGACCUCGUUUUGUUUUGGUACCUAUCAAAAUCUUCGAGGGCAGUUUCGGGGGCCCUUGUCUUUGGGAAAAUAAAGAAUUUGUGCCACCUUUCAAAGUCUUGAAGCAACAGAAAUCCGAAGCUGCUGCCAAAUACGCCGUUCGCAAAGAGCAGGAAGAGCAGCGCACGACUAGGCAGGGCGAAAUGGAAGCAAACAAAAUAGAUGAUGGAAUGGAAAAACGUGUAAUCUUUGCUUGAUCAACUAUGCCUGCCUGAAGUUUGCUUUUCUCCGUCCCACUGAGGCAAUUGUGUGCUUGGUGCGCCCGAGAUUGAUGUAUGCUCAUGAGUUCUCAGAUAUCUCCCCUAAUGUACACAUCAAACCCAUCCAUCCUCGAUUCGACC